AUGCCUCGGCUGCUCUCCAAAGUCGACGAUUCUACGCAACAACUCUCGAAACAGGCUCAAAGGGGCUGGUUUUCAAGAGCAGCGAGUCUGGAUCUCCUUUUAAGGCAGAAUUAUCUAAAUUAUGGCUCCGGUGUGUGCGCUCACAUGCUGCAUAUGACAGCAUCAAGCAUGAAAUGUAACACUGACUGGCGAAUCUCUUUGUGCAGCGACAACUGCCGCUGCGCGCAAUGCGUAAAUCAAGAUACCCUGCAGCGCAACUUUGAUACAUUCUCGAUACCGGAAGACAUUUCGCCCAAAGAGAUCUCGCCGAAAAAUGAUGGCGUCGACGUUUUAUGGUCGGAUUCCCACAAGAGUCACUACCCUUGGUCUUGGCUGAGUCUUACUCUUCGCGACAUCGGCAAUGAGAAACUCGUAAAUCAAGGCAAAAGAAAGCUAUGGGGCGCCACGAUAGCUUUAGCUCCUCCAGAAGUCCGUUUUGACGAUGUUAUGAGCGGUACUAGUCCGAAGGGAAUGGCCGACUUAACUAGCAAGAUUCGUCAAUAUGGGCUAUGCUUUGUUACCGACUCGCCAAAAACUCCGGAGGCGACAGAGAAGCUCCUGGAAACUAUCGGACCUAUACGAAACACGCACUAUGGCGGCUUCUACGACUUCGUCCCAGAUCUGGCCCUCGCUGAUACGGCCUACACCAACUUGGCUCUCCCAGCGCAUACAGAUACAACAUAUUUUACGGAACCUGCUGGUCUACAGGCAUUCCAUCUCCUGUCUCAUACACCACCUACGAAUAAACCCGCCGAUGAUGUACUAGGCGGGCAAUCGCUGCUCGUGGAUGGAUUUCAUGCUGCCGAGACUCUUAAAAAGGAAUCGCCAGAAGAUUUUGAAACAUUGCGCAAAAUCAAGCUCCCAUGGCACGCUAGCGGCAACCAGGGCGUUGCAAUUGCGCCAGACAUGGCAUAUCCCGUGAUUGAAACCAACGGCGGCAACUUGCACAGGAUCAGGUGGAACAAUGACGACCGAGGCGUUGUCCCCCCCGAUGUCGAUGUCGAUGCGUGGUAUCGAGCGGCACGAAAAUGGGAUGAGAUCCUAAGGAGUAAAGAAAGCGAAUACUGGUUCCAGCUUGAGCCCGGGCGAGUACUUAUCUUUGACAACUGGCGAGUGCUUCAUGGGAGAAGCGCCUUUGAGGGGCUGCGGCGCAUCUGCGGUGCUUAUAUCAGCCGUGAUGACUUUAUCUCUCGCUGGAAAAUGAUUAACUUCCCGCGAGAAGAUGUCAUUGCGUCGAAUAUGCAGAUACGAUGAGGAUUCGAUAGAAAGGGGCAGAUGUAUCCGUGUAGAUAGGCUCUCCAGUCGUGUAUGAAGAUAGAUAGAAUCAAAAGUAUAUCGACCAUAUUCCAU